UGCAGUGUCUUGGCAGCUGCAGUAGUGCAUCUCCCACCACCAUCCGCGAUGCCUUCACGGAUGCUGCCCGCCUCCUCCUCCUUCACCUGAGCGCACAGACCGAUAUGAAGUCUUCGGGAAACUGAUCAGCCGUAGACACCUUCUCGCUCAUUGUGUCGAUUUGCAUCCCAUCGCUUCUCUCUCCCUCUUCCAACACCCCCAGGAGACGAUCAGGAGCCAAUCAUCCAGGCACCCAGAGCAAGCUGGCGAGAAUUAUUAUUAUUAUAUGAAUGGAAAAUGGCGAAAGAAAAAAGAUCUCGCAGCGUCUCUUGCUUAAUAUCAGUAGAAAUUCUCCUGAUUUUCUGCGCUUCGUGGCCUGGAGCAGAGGGUCUUACAUUUCCACAGCAAUACACGAUAAUGCACUGGGCCAGGAGGAUCGAGCAGGAGAUUGACAGAGUCUUUCAGCACAUCACUGGGGCUCAGCAGCUAAAAGGGAUAUAUAAUGAAGAAAGGCGACAGUUCAGUCUGGUGAAGAAUCAACCUCGAAGGAUUGUGGAAAAGGUGGCUUUGGAUAUAGAAAAACUGCUGGCAAAGAAGCGCAAAGCACUCGAUCGUUUAGCGAGUGAAGCAGAACGACUCCAACGGGAACAUAUAUGGCAAGAUGGACUCAAGGAGCUUGACAUGGCCUACUAUGACUCCAAAGCUGAUUUGGAAUAUUAUUCCAUGGAUGGAGAGGCAGAGGUGGAAAACCCCUCCCAACUCAAGCUUGAGUUUGUGUAUGAUCCAAACUUCAAAAAUAAUGUCAACUUCUCGCACACAGCAGUUCAGAUUCCAACAGAUAUUUACAAAGGAGCUCCAGACAUCCUGAAUGAGCUGAACUGGACUCAGGCCCUGGAGAGAGUCUUUAUGGAGAACAGCAGGGAAGAUCCGUCACUACUGUGGCAGGCGUUUGGGAGCGCAACGGGAGUCACUCGCUACUAUCCAGCUACUCCCUGGAAAGCACCUGAUAAAAUCGACUUGUAUGAUGUCCGGAGAAGACCAUGGUACAUCCAAGGUGCCUCAUCUCCCAAAGACAUGGUCAUCCUUGUUGAUGUGAGUGGCAGCGUCAGUGGACUAACGCUGAAGCUGAUCAAGGCGUCUGUGAUGGAAAUGCUGGACACUUUAUCUGAUGACGACUACGUUAAUGUAGCCAGGUUUAAUGAGAAGGCUGAGGCUGUGGUCCCUUGCUUUAAACAUCUCGUCCAGGCUAACGUGCGAAACAAAAAGAUUUUUAAGGAGGCGGUGCAGCAGAUGCAGGCUAAAGGCACCACUGACUACAAGUCUGGCUUUCAUUUUGCCUUCAACCAGCUUCUUAAUAAGACAAAUGUUCCGCGGGCUAACUGCAAUAAAAUAAUUAUGCUAUUCACUGAUGGAGGGGAGGAUAGAGCUCAGGAUGUCUUCCUGCAAUACAAUUGGCCCAACAAAACAGUACGAGUUUUUACCUUUUCUGUGGGUCAACAUAAUUAUGAUGUGACGCCUUUACAGUGGAUUGCUUGUACUAAUAAAGGUUACUAUUUUGAGAUCCGUUCCAUCUGUGCUAUACGGAUUAAUACCCAGGAAUACCUUGAUGUGCUGGGGCGUCCAAUGGUUCUGGCAGGCAGUGUGGCCAAGCAAGUUCAAUGGACCAACGUGUAUCAAGAUGCUCUGGGACUUGGCCUGGUAGUAACAGGGACUUUGCCUGUUUUUAAUCUCACUAUGAAUGGAAAUUCACAGAAUCAGCUGAUAUUAGGCGUCAUGGGAGUGGAUGUACAUUUAGAUGAGAUAAAGCGACUGACGCCACGCUAUAAUCUUGGAGCCAAUGGCUACAUUUUUGCCAUCGAUCCGAAUGGAUAUUUGCUCCUUCAUCCUAAUCUUCAGCCAAAGCCUGUUAACCUUCCUGAACCUGUGACCCUGGAUUUCCUGGAUGCAGAGGUAGAAGACGCUAAUAAAGAGGAGAUUCGGCGGCAGAUGAUUGAUGGAGGAACAGGGGAGAUGCAGAUAAAAACUCUAAUUAAGUCUGUUGAUAAACAAUACAUCGAUGAGGCAUACAGAGGGUACACCUGGACUCCUAUCAAUGGCACUGAUUAUAGCCUUGGCCUGGUAUUACCUCCCUACAAUGAGUAUUACAUCCAGGCAGACCUGAGUGAUGUGAUGCUGCAGCUCCAGUACAUGCAGUCGUUGCUGCCGAGCUCCUUUGAAUCUUCGGGGCAUGUUUUCCUGGCUCCAAGGGAAUAUUGCAAAAAUCUGCAGCUUUCUGAUAACAACACACAGUUCCUGCAGAACUUCCUCACUCUUAUGCUGGAGAACUCCCCAGAGUCUGAUGAAUGUGACCAAGGCCUCAUCCACAACCUUAUUCUGGACUCUAGGAUUAUUGGUCAGCUUGCUUCUCGUGUUUGGAGGAACAAGGAUCUAAAUGCGUAUGGCUUCCUGGCUGUCUUUGCAUCCACAGAUGGGGGAAUAACACGAGUUUUUCCCAACAUAGCUGCUGAGUUGUGGGAUGUGGAUCCAGAACCAUUUAAUUCAGAUUACUACAGACGAAGCCUGGAUAACAAAGGCUACAUGUUCAGACCUUCAAUGAGAGCAUCAGAUGAUGACCCUUUUGAAGCUGAAAAUGGCACCACGGGAAUCCUGGUUAGCUCAGCUGUCGAGGUCAAUUUAGGGGGAAAACUGCUCAAACCCUCUGUAGUUGGAGUGAAGCUCGACCUGGAGGCGUGGGUGGACAAGUUUAAAAUCCUGGCCAGCAAUGUGUCUGAUAACCGACAGGGGUCACACAAGUGUGGACCAUCCAGAAGCUGUGAGAUGGACUGUGAAGUGAACACAGACGACUUGCAAUGUUACCUUAUCGAUGAUGGGGGCUUCCUUGUCAUGUCCAAUCAGAGAGAUCACUGGAAGCAGAUUGGUCGCUUCUUCGGUGAUGUGGACCCUUUCCUUAUGUAUGCACUUUACAACAACUCCAUCUUCGCUCGCCGACAGUCUUUUCAGUACCAGUCAGCGUGUGAAAUGGUUAGCAGGAGUCACACCGGAGCAGCGGCAAGAAGCAUAUAUGUGCCGUCCAUAACUGACGUCUUAAGCCUGGCAUGGUGGACGUCCACACUGGCAUGGUCAGUGAUUCAGCAACUUUUGUAUGGACUUGUCUACAGUAGCUGGCUCUACCACGAUGAUGCCUUUGUUGAUGGAUUUGAGACCAAACAAAGCAGCUGUGUUACCAUCCAAAGCCAGUUCUACUUCACAAACACCACCAACUCCUACAAUGUCCUGCAGGACUGCGGAAACUGCUCGCGGCUGUUCCACUCAAAGCGUAUAGAAAACACCAACCUGCUCUUUGUGGUGGCUGAGACGCUGCCCUGUAGCUCCUGUGAGAUUGAGAGACUGUCCCAGAUAAAGAGGGAGUUUCAGGAGGAAAAUCCAUGUGACCUACUGAGUAAUGCACGAUAUCGUAAAGGCCCAACCUCCUGCUUUGACUACAGUGCCUUAGAAAACACAUCAGAGUGUGGACGGGGUUCUUCACUGCAGUCCUCUAUAGGAACCCUUCUUUUCAUUCAGCUCAUUCUGCCCCUCUUCCAUCUCUCACACAUCCACACACACUGACAUGCUCCUUCUUCUCACAUUUAGGCUUGGAUCUACACAAGGUCAUAUCAAAAACCAACUGUGACGUUAUUUGUCGUUUAUUUCAACCAACUACUCAUAGGAUCAGCUCCUGGUAUUUUGUUAUGCCUUAUUAUACAUUUGGUUAGGCUUUUUAAAAGCUUCAGUGUAAAAUAUGGGAAGGGGAAUGUAAUGAGGUUGCAUGCAGCACAACCUGAUAAGAUCAUAAGAUUUUAUUUUUAUCUUCCACAUUUCACAGCUAAAGAAAGGUUGCUAAGGCAGUUAAUAAGAAUCAAAGUGAAGAACAAUUCAUUAAAAAGGUGAUUUUUUUUUCAAGGAUGUCAGUUAUUUGAGAUCAUAAAAGGUGCAAAAGCACAUUUACUGUUAUUGGGUGAAGUUCUGCAUUCCAACUUUGUACUGUACUUUAGGAGUGUUGCAGCAUUUGUGUCUUAUACAUGUUUUUACAGAAAGUGAUCUAAGGCAUUUCUCUUCCAUGAAGCCUCUAAAUGUAAAUGUUAUAGAGUCGGGUGCAGGAUGAGACAUCCAACUCUUUUUUUUUUUUCGUCAGACACGUCUUGUGUUGUCCUUAAAUGACACCUGCAGCAUUUAGUUUCAAAACUAAACCAGUUAUAUAACUGACCACUCUCCUGUGAAGACAGUGUAAACUUAAAGUGUACAGUUUGAAAUAUGUUUGAGCAAAUAGUCUUAUUUGGAAACUCCCUUUCUGCUGUUGAACAGUGCAGAAGUUGGGAAAUUAUUAAACUGCAUGCUGGUUUUUCUUCACAAAAAGAAAAAGUAAAGUGGUCAAUUUUGCGUUUAAUUGUUAUCAAAGAUAUUUCCAGUUUGAACAGGACCAAAAUUCUCUUUAGUUUAUCAACCAGUCCACAGUUUACCCAUUUGUUCUUUACAGAGUUUUAGGGUUUGGAGCCUGUUUCUAAUGGUCAGAACAGUUAAAACUAUGAGCUCAAACCAAAGAACAAGAUUGCAGGCAAAUUAACCUUACACGCAUGAUGUUGAACUGUGGAAGCAAACCAUUAUAACUGGGGAGAACCCAUGCAUGCAGAAGGAGAACAUGCAAAAUCCAGACAGAAUCCAGUAUUAAACAAAGGGUCUUCCUGUUGAGAAACAAAAGUGCUAAUGAUUGCUCUACUGUGCAGCGCCUGAUUGAAUCAAGAUAGGAUAAGAUUUUGCGCAAGCAAAUUGCUUUGCACCUUGUACGAACAUCACUUUUCUUGUGCUAACAAGUUUGCACGUGUUUUAAUAGAUACAAAACUUUUGAAGAUCAGAUCCUAAAUGUUAGAGUUGAAUAUUCACUCAAAAGAAAUAGAACAUUAGCUGAUUCUGCAAGUUGUCUUAAAGUUUUAGAACAUCUACAUGAAUUGGAAGCCAGCAAAGAUACACCUCAUGUUUCUCCUUAGAGUUCUAAGCCAUGUUUUUUUUUUACAUGCAUGAGCUUUGAAACUAAUUACCUCCAUGUUUCUGUUGUGCCUGUUUCUGUUUGCAUGUUCAGUCCUCGUACACUUCAUCUUACAGUACAUAAAGUAGAAAGAGCUACUGCAGCAACAGCUGUUUUAAGAUGAAGGUAGAACUUAGCUGUAGCCUCAAAAUGAUUUGACUUAUUCAGUCAGAAUAAUUCCAACGAAGCUAUUCUCACAAAAGCUUAAAAAUAAAACAUGGUAAAAGUCAAUAUCAUAAAAGCAACCACAAACAAAAAAAAAAACAACGAAAAAAAAAAAAAACCCACAGGUUUCAGGACAAUAGACAUUCUUGCAUUUCACUGCAUUGUAAGAUUAACAGUGGGUUUUAACGAGAUGCUUUAUAACUGCUCAGUGGUUUUAAAAAAAGUGCUUCCAGUCAAGUUAGAUGUUGUCCAAGAAAAUAGAAUCGAACAGGUGACUGAUUAACUAAUGUGUCCAUAAGAACUAUGACAUUGAAUGCAAUAACAGUCUCCUCACUAUUUACAUCCAUACAAUGAUAAUUAUGAGGAAUCCUCAAUAUGCUCUGCUGAUAUUGCAAUUUUCAGUGUUUUAUGCAUCAGCUGGUGAACUGAUUAGACACUCUAAGAUGUAUUUUUGUAACUUGCAUUGUCAAAAUGUUGUCAACUUUGGAAUUAUACACUUGUGAAUGCUUCUGUAUGGAGAAUGUAGCCUAUAGAUUGCUUUUGAUGUUGUUUUUUGAAAUCUCUUUUUUUUAUUUAUUUGAAUUGUUCAGCUUGAUUCACUGUGGCAGAAGCUUUCUGUUUUAUUAUGUGUACCCUAACUGACACUUCUGUCAAGUUUUUUAUUUGAUCUGCCCUUUUAGGACAGGGGUCACAGCAUGUACAGUGUAAUUUAACAAGCGUAACCCACAUCAAUGCCAAAAUACUACAUGCUAUUAUUCUUUGAGACACUUUUAAAUCUAAAUUUAAACUUUAUAGCAUUAUAAUUACUAAACAGUAUUUGGACUUAUGUUCUAUUAAUUUGUUAAACAUCUAAGUAUAGAUUGAGUUUUUUAUUAAAACUUGGUUUGAUUCACCAUAAACCUAUUUUUGAAAAAUUUAAAAAUGUUAACCCUACAGCUUCUUUCAAGGUGAUAUACAGUGGCAUAAAAUUCCUGUAAAAUAGUUAAUGCACCACUAUGUUAGAACAAUUAAUUUUAGACACAUUUUUCCACUAAAUGAAUGUAAAAACAUUAUCUGCUGUGAAAAAAAGUGUUACUGGACAGAGAGAAGUUGGAGUACUCAUAGUGAAAUCUAUAAUGAAUCUCAGUGCAGUGAUUCAUGCUCUCUUGUCUUUUCGGUCAUUGAUUUAACUGGCUGCUGUCUUACCUGUAGUAUGUUUUUAAAAGUUUUCUUCGAAUAAGUAUUUGUAAACUAACAUUUUUCUCUGUCAGCCUGGUGUUCCAUCCCACAGUGCCUUGUUGCACUCGUCAUUUUGAAAUACAGGAUCAUUUGGAUCUCAGCUGUUGACAUUCUGUGCGAAAGACAUCCUUAAGAAUAGAAGCAGCUCAGUUUUAAAGAUACUCAUUUGUUCCAGGAAUAUAUUAAAAUAUGCUCAUAUUUGAAAGCUUUAAAAGAAGCACAGUUGGUAAAGAGAACAGCAUAAGGUUGCUGCAGGAACCAUGCCUGAAGUUUUCUGAUGACAGAACCUGACAGGAACCAACCUGAUUGCUGCCCUGCUUUAUCUUAUUGAUUUCUACACUGUGGUUCAGAUUUAACAUAAAGAACAGACUCUAGAUUUCUACUUUUUCCCAUAAGCGCACUCAGUUUGUAUAUAUAGACAUAUAUAGGAAAGAUUUGGAAAGAUUUGCAUAUCAGAACAGGUGUUUACUUAAACAAAACAAACUUUCCCAUCUCUUCUGGACCCGAGCAUGACGGGAACUUAUAGAACAGACCAAGGCCACAAGAUAUUCCGUGAGUCUCUUGUAACCUAACGGAAAGUAAGUUUGCAGAGCUUUGCAGCCUACAGCUUAAUGUUGGCCGAAGUAUUGCUUUAUUUCAAAUGAUGGUAUUUACUUGCAUGAUAUUUUGAACACUUUAGAGAUAUGUGUACAUAAAAGUUGAUGAGCAUUUUAUGUCUGCGUCCAGCACUGCAGCCUUUUAAGAUAAACAUGCACGUGAAGAAGCUGCAGAUGAAUUUGACUUCAGUGAAGCCUACAGGGAAUGAUGGCAUACGGAAGAUUUAUAUCUCUUACAGCAAACAGUGAAGAUAACAAAUAUGAGCGACAUACUGCCCAAUGAAAAUCUUUUAUGUUGAACAAAAAAAAAUUAUAAUUCUGUAAAUUUUGUUUGAAUCACUGAAUAUUCAUGCAUCUAUAGGUUGUAUAUGAAAAUAAGACACACUUUAAACUGAUCACAGAUUCUGUUUGCUUAUUAUAAAUGACAUCUCUGUACUGCUUUUUUUAAUGUAUGGGAUAUUUUGUAUUGUUAGCUAUUCAUACUCAGCUGGUCAGUGAAUAACAGAUGGGAUCAGAAUGGAUUUGAACUUCUGCAGGCACAGGGAGUAAAAAUGGAUACAUACUGUAGUACAGCACCCUGUAUGUUUACAUCCUCUGGAUUUUCUGAGAUUGUUUUUUUUUUUGCUGUAGCUUUGCUUUUCAUUAUGCUGACAUUGUUGUUUACUAAGCUGGAACGAUUCCUUUUCUGUGUGCCAGUGCCACCUCAUUUUGUACACAUAAUAUGAAACAGUGGAACAUGAAGGAUGACUUUGUAAAGAUUUUUGUCAGUCUCAUUAUGAAUUAGAUAUCUAAAUGUUUAUAUAUUUGUUCAUUAAAAUGCUAUUGAUAUUUUUCACUUCAGCUCUUAAUGAUUAUUUAUUAGACUUUCGUGUUAUUUUCACGCGUAAUACUGCCCCCAUAUUGAU